AUGAAGUUCUUCGAGCUCUCCUCCACCUACGACUACUCCUUCUCCGCCGUUUCUCUUGCUUAUUUUCUUCGCUACCCGAAUCCAUAUUCCAAACAUGUUUUGACAUCUGAUGUCAUUGAACGCUAUGUCGAUCCGGACACCCACCGCCUGCACACGACACGAUUGCACCUCAAGAAAUCGAAGAUUCCGUCUACUUUGUUGAAGUUGUUGCCCAAGGGCAUUGGCGGAAGCGAGAAUUCGGGUCAAUCGUAUAUUCUUGAGACGACUGUGGUCGAUGCGAAGGAAGGAUGGAUGAAAACCGAGUCGAGGAACAUGGAAUGGACAGGAAUUCUGAGUGUUGUCGAGAAACAGCAUUAUGAACGUGAAAUGCCUCCAGAGGGUGAGAAGGUUAAUGUUCGAACCACUGUCACUUUUGUCUCCCGCUUAGGCCAGUCAAAGCUGCUCGGCCGAUCCCGAAAAGCAGCCGAGGAUUCUUCAGAGGUCGAAGAAGAAGCACCCAAAAGAGGCAUCUUUUCAUCGCUGUCUACUGCCGGCAUCCAGCGAACAAUUGAGCUCAUCGGUGUCACACGUACCCGAGAUGCUAUUCUUCGAAGCAAGCAAGGCAUGAACGUUGUCCUCGAACGACUUCGGCAUGGCGGUAUUGUCGCCGUUCUCGAAGGAAUGCGCCGAGAUCGUGAAGGCCUUCCUUCUACUAUGGCAGCCGGAGGCCCCAUGCGCUCAGACAGUACCGCCAUGUGGCGCCAAGCCUGGCUUGGGGGGUCCAACAAGGCCAACGGCCCGACAUACGUCGAAGAUGACGAUGAGUGA